AUGCGAAUAGAGGAAACCAUACAGGAGGCAAACAAGAUAAUAGAGAGCGGACUUUCGCCGGAGCUUCUAAAACAGUGCAGUAGGCUCCUGGCGGAUAGUACUGUCUCCUGCGAGGGCGUUAUUUUGCUGCUUAAAGAGCUGAGGAAGGAGGUAGACGCCAUAGAGCAGGCGGAGCCCCCUACAAGAAUAGAGUAG